AUGAAGCGACCCUUCGUUGCACUGCUGUUGCUGACUGCCGUGAUUCACGCCCGGGUCGCUCUUCCCUCUGAGACGUCGCUCGAAAACGUCACUCGCAACCUCGGAUUCAACAUCAAUAGGGUUGACGAAGCCUCCUUCGUCCACACAAACGCCGAAAUUUCCAAGUUUGAAAAGUCCGUAGAGAUUGGCAGGACCCUGUCCUCAGCUUCCAAGACAAAGGAUAGUGUAGCGAGAUGGUUCUUCAGGAACUCCCCAAACUUUGCCGAUACCUGCCAGAGUCCGUUUGAUGGAGAUGGCCGCGAGGAAUUGAAGAAGUGGGGCUUCGACGAUAGGGAUGAGCUGAGCAAGGGUGUUGAAAAGGAGUGCGACUUCGACAACUACCAUCAUAUCAAGAGCGCUUUCGAAGAGCUUGGACUGGAUACAAAGGCGGCCAAAGAUGGGGCCAGUUACGAGUUCGCAGUCAACCCCGACGGCAUGGUAGCACUGAUGAAUAUCAUGAGCAUGUCCUACUGCGCCGAAAAGUUCACCUGGAAGCGGAAGCCCAAACCCGAUGAGCUGCCUCACAUUGGAACGCCUUCGGAUAUAGCAUGGGCCACCUGGAAUCGAGUCGGCGCGAACGUCGCAGGUAUCAAGUACCUCAUCGUCACCCAGGUCAUAAAUUCGGAUUCUCGGGAGAUCUUCAAAAGCGCGCUCAGGACACUGAGUCCACCGCAGAGCGAGUUCAAACUUUGGCCGGGACAUGAAUUCUCGAUGGAUGAUAACGCUGGUCUUGCGAUCCUAGUCGGCCGAUGGGCCGGAUAUUUCCUCGUGCAACACAAGGAUAAGCUUGGUGGCAACAGGUUCAUCUCCAAAGUCAGGGUCUUCUUGCCACCGGGCGCCUCCAUGCCAUAUCUCGUCUUCUAUGUGGACCCGACGCCUGCGCAACACGCUAUAGCAGAAGAUAUGGUAGCUCGCAAACCAGAAGCGGAAGAGCUUGCCGUGACCGGAAGAGCAGACAGCAUGGCCUCAACGCGAACUGUGAAAAAGAGCGAUGACGGCAGAAAUGUUGUGAGGGAGCAUGUUGUACGAGACAAGUUCUAG